CGAGACGCGUCUACUACUCUGUACUGUUUAUUAAAGCAUUCAGAACAUUAAAUAUUCUGCGCGCCAUAAUCUCCUCUUUACACUAGUGUCUCAACCUGGCCUGUCGCCUAGCCGCCCCGAUCCUAUCAAUGACGACAUGAGGGAUGCCUCAAAUCUGGUUUCCCCACAAAGCUGUUCCAUAGGACGCGAUAGCGUGCAGUUCAAGCAACAAUGCCAGCGGGAUUGCCCCCAAAGUAUGUCGACGUGGCCAGUGCGCUUAGGUUAAGACGCGCUGCUGCCAAUGUCAUGGGCAUUGUCGUCGAUGUCUGGGGCGACCCCUACAAAAGCUCCGGCACCUCCUUCUGCGUCACUUUUACAAUCAAAGAUUCAAACCUGACCAACGGCCAUAGCUGGGAUGGUCUGAAAAUCAAAUAUUUCAAGGAAACUGAAAGCCUGCUGCCUCCUGUUACCACAGGCGAUGUAAUUUUGCUGCGAGAGAUCUGGGUCAAAGUGAUGCACAGCCAGCCAAUGGGCGUGGCUGCCCAGGAUAUCAAUAUACCAUGGGCGAUCUUCCGGCCAGAUCAGGAUCCGACAGCUCAUAUCGCUCCGAUCACUGGCCCUGUUCCUUUUGAGCCUACAUACGCGGAGAAAUCAUAUGCAUCAUCGCUGUUUGCCAUUAGCCCAGGCACCUUUCGCAUUGCUCCUGCCCCCAAGCCAGACUUUGCGCGGCUUGCCAAUGCAGCAUCAAGGUCUACUUCAACUACUCAACGAAGGUUCGCGCUGAUCAAAGACAUUGACGACCGACAGUUUGUGGAUCUUAUUGGUGAAAUACUCAAGAUACACAGCAGUGAUAGCGAAAAAGCAACCCUCUACUUUACCGACUAUACGGAAAACGAGAAGAUGUUCUACUAUGCAUCUGACAAUGACCCCAACCUUGAUCAAGGCCGCGAGGGAGAUGAAUACAACUACAUAGGGCGUCAGAAGAAGAAGUGGGACGGUCCGUCCGGUCGAAUGAUCAUUCAAAUCACGCUCUGGGAACCGCAUGCAUCGUUCGUCAGAGAUAAUUUUGAACUUGGUGGAAUUGUCCGCUUAAAAAACGUUCGUAUCAAAGGAAGUCGGGUCGAAGGGGGUUCUUUGGAAGGUGUCAUCCAUACCGAUCGUGACAACCCUCGUGCCGUCAACGCUUUCCGAGUAGACAUGAAGGACGACCCUAGAGUUCAAGAAUUCCUAACUCGGAAAGCAGAAUAUUUGGAAGCGCAUCCGAAACCCCAAAAACGAAAAGCAGAGGAAGACCUCAGAUCCGCUUCAAAAAAGGCCAAUACGAAGAAACAACGUGUCAAACCACCACCAAAGAGAGAAGAGGGUCAGAUUUCCCUCCCUCUCGCCAGCAAGGCCGAGGUAUUACCACAUGUCAAAGCAGGCGCAGACUGCAACGCACGGCAGAUAAGCCUUUACGACAUACUGAACAACAAAUCACACAAUCACAAAUCCCCCGAGGGCAUCGAAUACCGCCUCCCCUUCCAAAAUUUCAUCUAUUUCAGCACCGUCCGUGUGGUUGAUCAUUAUCCACAUCGUCUAGAAGACUUCGCCGUGCCCCAGGAACAGCGUUCGCUCGGAUACGACGAGGAACGAGAUCCCGCUGGCGCGCGAACCAUUAAGAAAUGGGAAUGGCGGUUCUGUCUUCUCGUUGAGGAUGUCUCGCCCCCUGCACCCGGACAGCCGAAAGCGCGUACCAAACUUUUCGUCUCGGACACAGAUGCUGUGUACCUGCUCCAACUGGAUGCGGCUGAUCUCCGCUCACACCCAACAAGGUUACAUGAUUUGAGAGAAACGCUGUUCACUUUAUGGGGUAAUCUCCAUGAGAUCAAAACGGAAGCUCUGGAAGGGGGCUCGAAAUUUCCGGAUUUAAGCUUCCUCGACUCAAAGCCUUUCAACUGCUGUAUAAGGGAAUACGGCAUUGUCUGCAGCCAUAAGCGUGAUUCUAAACCGCUACGUGUCUAUGAGGAUUCAAGGGCCUGUGCUAAUGGGGAUUGUUUUGGAUGGGAGAGAAGAUUGGGACUCGUCAAGACGACAAUUCAUUAAACUUCUAGUAGAAGGUUUGACUAGAAUAGAAGAAUAUGCCCGCCGCUUUGGGUGCGCAUUGAAUGCGGUACCUUGGUGAUAACUGUAGAAUAUGAUCAUAAUGCAUAGCUUUUGAGCUAGAGAAACCACUUUGAAGGAACACCGUGCGACCAAUAGUGCAACAGCUGCACAUCGCCAAAGAUGAUACCGAAUAUAUCUUUUUAGAACGCCCUCGAUGCCAUAAUGUUACAGGCCCUGUUUCAAGGGGAAAGACUGAAGAUGAAGACAAUAUCUAGACCUUGGUCACCUUGACGAUAUUGGUGUCGAUACCGUGAGCUGCUGUAUUAAAUCGGCAACUGGAGCCCCAGUAGCAGUCCUUUCUUCCAGGCUCACUUUGAGGACAACGAUGUCCGUACAUACACUCGGGGUCAUCGCAUUCAAGUCCGUAGCGACAUGGAGUCAUCCGGGCAACAGCUGUCAAUGUUUGAAGCUCACUCUUUGUUAGUUUGCGAGAAUGAUCGUGGUGGCAAUUCUCAUUGGGACAUUCGCCUUGCAGAAACAGAUAAUUGCAUAGCUUCAGCUUCUUAAUGCGAUUCACCUCUUCUCGCGGGAUGCUUUGAAUGUCAAGGCGAUCUACACGUUGACCGUACUUAUUUCGUUCCACGAUUUUAGGGCGCGAGGAGGAGGUAGGUUUCGAACGCACCAGUUGAAAAUCAUCACCACUGUGAGAGCUUGCUGGCGUUGUUAUAGGCGCGCUGUUACUUGCAGUGGUAAUAUUGCUGGAUGUUCGAGAUAGCGGUGCUGCCUGAGGAUUUGGUGAGGGCGUCAGGAGUGAGCGAGGCUUUGUAGCCACGGCGGCCUUCCAUGGGGUCCAGACAGGCGUGAUUUUCGAUUCUCGGAAUAGACUGGGAAAUCUAGUGAACCUAUAGUGGGCUUUUAACGGGUCCAGAUUCUUUCCGAAUGGAAUCCCUUCAAUCAAAGAGACUCUCCCUAAGAGUUCCAAGUCCGCCAGGGUAUCUUCCAACGUCUGGCUAUAUGGGGAUUCAUCCGAACACCCCAGGAAAAUUUGGUGGCAGUGGCAGUUGUACAGAUGUAGCUUGAAAGUUUCUGCCGACAACCAGUCAGCGCA